GUGUACCCACGAAAUUCAUGCCCCAAGCUCGCUCGUGCCCCACCUAUUGUUUCACGCGUGGCGCCUUACCCCACUUGGAGUAACUUCCAACACCAACCGCAAGAGUGCGCCAGCCUUACCAUCGGUUUCUCUAACUACUCCACGCGCGACACGAGCUUGUUUUGGUACAUGAUACUGCUCCAGCGUCUCGAUAAAUACUCCUCCAUUCCUUCACCUGGUACUCAGCAUGACCUUUCCCUCUAGAACGCUCAUGUAGAUGCGCCCAACAACAUGGCGUCGUCUACCGUCCCCUUCCUGCCAACGAUCCUCCUCGCGGUUGCUAUUCUUGUUGUAACUAAGCUAUGGAGCAACUACCAAUGGCACCGCAAAUACAAGUUCCCUCCCGGACCAAAGGGCGUGCCUUUCUUCGGCAACAUGUUCCAGAUGCCACCGUACCAUCAGGGACCUUGGGCGAAAAAGAUGGCGGAGAAGUAUGGCGAAAUGUUCACCAUCAAGGUCGCCGACAACAACUGGGUCUUCCUCAACAGCUCCCGCGUCGUCAACGACCUGCUCGAAAAGCGGUCCGCUAUCUACUCCUCCCGACCGCCUAUGCCAUACGCGAGCUCUCUGAUGAGCGGGAAUUGUCGUGUCGUGGUUCAACCGUAUGGCCCACAGUGGCGCGCGCUGAGGAAGAUCAUGCACUCAAUACUCAACAUCAAGAACGCGCCUACCUUCGCUCCCUUUCAAGAUCUGGAGAGCAAGCAGUUAGUAUACGAGGUGCUUCAGAAGCCGGACAUGUGGUGGAAAGCGAACCAGCGGUUUGCGAACAGCGUGAUUAUGAGUGUUGUGUUUGGAAAGAGGAUUCCAGAUAAAGAGGAGGGGAACAUCAGGGAGCUGUUCAACACGUCCCAGGAAUUCAUCAUGGCGCUGCAGCCGGGGGCGAAUCUGGUGGAUACGUUUUAUGUGCUGGAUAAGAUCCCCAAGCCGCUGAAAUGGUGGCGGGGAAGAGGCGAGAGGGCGUUUAAGAGGUUGUUGAAGGUGUAUAGUACAGAGGUUGAAGAUUUGAAGAGGAGGAUGAGCGAGGGGAAGUGUCCGCCGUGUUUUGCGACCAAAUUCCUUGACAAUCCCGAGACAGAGAAGUUGGGGCAUGCGCAGAUGCUGUUCGCGCUCGGGUCGCUCAUGGAGGCGGGGAGUGAUACGAGUCGUAUGACCCUAUCUCAAAUCAUCGCAGCUGCUGCGACGGAUAGUAGAUGGGUCAAGAACGCGCAGGAGGAGCUGGAUCGCGUAUGCGGGUAUGCCGCGCGGCUACCCGAAUUCACUGAUCGGCCGAAGCUCCCGUAUCUUAGUGCAGUAGCGAAGGAAGGUUUUCGGUGGCGUCCGUUCGCUGAGAUUGGUAUGCCGCAUAUGUUGAUCAAGGAUGAUGUGUAUGAAGGUAGAUAUCGCUUCCCCGUCGGCACGAUAGUUACGUGGAAUAGCUGGAGCAUCGCGCUUAGCGAGGAUGAACAUCAAGAUCCGCUGCGGUUCUGGCCAGAACGGUGGCUUGAUCCGUUCAUCGAGGGCUUUGGAACUAAGGAGAGGAAAGAAAUCGGUGAGGACGAGGGAGCGCGAAAGGCGCUUGAGGAUCCGUUGAAUGGGCACUGGUCAUUCGGCGCGGGUCGUCGCGUAUGCACCGGCUACCAUGUCGGCGAUACGAAUGUGUGGAUCGCUGCGGCGCGGUUGCUGUACUGCUUCGAUUUCCAAGAGGUUAAGGGCAAGCCAAUCGAUACGAUGAAUAUGAAUGUGGCCGAGCAUCGGGCGGCGCCAUUCGAGGUGCGAAUCAAGGUCAGGAGCAAGCAGCAUAGAGCACUAGUAGAGAGGGUGGGUGGGGAGGUGAUUGGUGUGAGGUAUUAGCGCAAGGACGGGGAACGAGGUAGGGUGCUUUUGAGAUGCAGCGAACUGAGGGACGUUUUGGUUCUGCUGUGCCGCAAGGCUGCAGCGUCUGAGUCAAAUCUGACGUAUCGUGGCCGAGUAUGAGCGAGGGCGAUGGAGGGCGAUGGAGGACUUG